AUGAAAAGCUCACACUUUCUCAGACGUGGAGCUCGAGAGUUGAAUGCCUCCGUUACGGCUCCUACCGCUAGUGUGCAUUCGUUCCUGUGGAGCGGAUACGACCCUGGCAAGACAGAUGACGAAGGGGAAGGCAAAAAGUCGGUUGGUGUUUUGGUGAAGGAGAUAGGUGUCGUAAGAAACUUGUUUAUUACGGCACACUUCUUAAGAACUUUUAAUUUAAGUUCAGAUGGUGUCCUUCGUUUGUCUCCGUACUGA